AUGGUUGGAAUAUGUCUUAUGUAUUUAUUAAUAUUACCGAUGGUAAUGGUUGGUGCUAUUAAAGAAAUAGUAGUUGAAAAACCGUUUUAUCUUCGUGCUCGUGUACAAGAUUCUCAAACGGCUAGUGUUCUGUUUGAAAUUGAAGAUACAAAUAAUCAAAGAUCAUGUCUUAUGUAUAAAUUUACUAUUCGUCAUAAUCGUGAAUAUCCAUAUUCAAUGCCUGAACAAAAUUUAGCUUUUUGGAGAAAUUCACUUGAAUUAAAACAUUUAGAUGCUGGUGAUUAUCGUAUAUGUGCUAUUAUUUGUUCGGAAUUUUUAAAGAAAAAAUCAAAUUUUACUUCGGAAAAAUUUAUUAGUAAAAAUCGUUCAAUACCAAUAACAGCUUGUGUUACUAUUCAUGCAUAUCGUUCACAUUUUCUUAUACUUACACUUUAUAUUCUUGUUGCUAUAAUAUUAGUUUUUUCACAAUUUAUAUUUACAUUACGUAAACGAAAAAUUAAAGCACGAAUUAAAUCAGCAUUAGCUGAAGUUGAAACUACUUUACAUAAUUGGCGUAAUACUCAAACAUCAUCGAUUGAUCAUACACAAUCAUAUAGUAUACUUCAAAGUCUUGUUACUUUACCAGCUUCACCUAUUGAUUAUUCGAAAAAUUCCUUAACUCCUUCGACUACUGAACAACGUCGGCCAACUCAUCCAGUUAUUUUUCAUAUUGAAAAUUCAGUAACAGAAAUACCAUAA